AAUUAUAUAGCUUAUAAGCACAGAUUCCUUAGGUUCGGACAGCUUUUUAAAAGCAAAAGUUGAGAAAAACUAACAAAGUUAUUGUAAGUUAUGAUGUGACACAUUGGUUCUAAAGUGGCAUUAAUUACCCCCAGUGGAUAAUCUGAGCAUAUCCAAUGAAGCAAUUUGCAAUUGCUUGUUUGUGUGUCAAGAAUCCUGUCUGAGCUGCAGCUUGUGAAAUAAUAGUCUGGGCUCUUUUUAAUGGAGGUAAGGACAUGAUUCGAGACUGGGAAAGGAGGAAAUUGGGUCAAAUAGUUCAAGAGCCGCUCUUCUAGAAUCAGUUAUGGUAGACAUACGCCACAAGUGGAAGAACAUAUAAGAGACAUUAAUUUUGAGCAAUCUUGUUCUCCUGCCAAAGUUUGGCUGCCUGAACUAUAGAAAACUGCAUCGAAUUUCAGGGCACAGAAAGGGGUGGAGACUACUUUUUUUCUGUUUUUCCUUUAGAGUAUGAAAUCUCAGCCAAGUGUAGCGGACACGCCUCUGGGUGGUUCUUUUAUAACUUGGACUCUUCCAGUGUUGCAAUAUAAGAUGAAAGAUUCCUAAGAAAGCCUCAUAUUGUCUGUUUUGAUAUCUCUGGGAUUGAGGCUGCAGCUGUGUUGGGCAACUUUAGAGAGUGUGAUCCAAGAACUUAUUCCUAUUUUCCAUUCAGAAGAAGCGCAAAAUGGUCCCAGAAAAGAAUGAACUGGUCUUCUUUGUAAAUGGCAAGAAGAUAGUGGAAAAGAAUGUGGAUCCAGAAACUACUUUGCUGACCUACCUUAGAAGGAAACUGGGCUUGUGUGGAACCAAGCUGGGCUGUGGAGAAGGAGGCUGUGGUGCUUGCACAGUCAUGAUUUCCAAGGUUGACAACUCCCGAAAAAAAAUCAUACAUUAUUCUGCAAAUGCAUGUUUAUUCCCUAUCUGCGCUCUACACCAUGUAGCUGUAACCACUGUGGAAGGCAUCGGAAGCACAAAGACAAGGCUGCACCCUGUACAGGAGAGAAUAGCCAAAAGCCACGGAUCACAGUGUGGUUUCUGCACUCCUGGGAUUGUCAUGUCCAUGUAUACAUUGCUUCGUAAUCAUCCUCAGCCUAAAAUGGAAGAGAUUGAAGAUGCUUUUCAAGGAAAUCUCUGCCGCUGUACAGGAUACAGACCCAUCCUGGAAGGGUACAGAACAUUUGCAAAGGAAGGAGGAUGCUGUGGAAAACUAGUAAACGGAGAAGGUUGCUGUAUGGCUGGAAAGGAAAAAAAUGAGGGACUGAUUACCACAAUUCUGUUCAAUGCAUCUGAGUUCCAGCCUUUAGACCCUACCCAGGAGCCUAUAUUCCCACCUGAGUUAUUGACACAGAAAAACCCUGUUGAGCAACUGUGUUUCAAAGGCGAGCGAGUGAUGUGGUUGCAACCAUCAACGCUCAAGGAACUUGUUUCUCUGAAAGCUCAGCACCCCAACGCCAAGCUUGUAGUAGGGAACACAGAAGUGGGUAUUGAAAUGAGAUUAAAGAACAUGCUGUACCCUGUCAUUAUAGCCCCAACUUGGAUCCCAGAAAUGAACUCUGUUCAGCACACAGAAGAGGGAAUCAGAUUUGGUGCCUCCUGCAGCCUGAGCUAUGUGGAAGAGAAACUCAGGGAGGCAGUGGCCCAUUUUCCUUCUUACCAAGUAGAGGUCUUCCAAGCUGUCCUAGAACAACUGAGAUGGUUUGCAGGCCCUCAGAUCCGCAAUGUUGCAGCUAUUGGUGGAAAUAUAAUGACUGCAAGUCCAAUAUCUGACCUAAAUCCAGUUCUGAUGGCAAGUGGGAGCAAACUGACUUUGGUGUCAAAUAAGGGCAGCAGGACAAUAAGGAUGGAUGAAAAAUUCUUUACUGGAUACAGAAAAACUAUACUGAAGCCUCAAGAAAUACUGCUUUCAGUUGAGAUUCCCUUCAGUAGGGAGGGUGAAUAUUUCUCCGCCUUCAAGCAAGCUUCAAGACGGGAGGAUGACAUUGCCAUUGUAACCUGUGGAAUGAGAGUUCGGUUUCAAGAAGGAACCAAUCGAUUAGAAGAGAUUAAGCUGAGUUAUGGGGGAAUGGCUCCCACAACAGUCAUGGCUGUAAAAACUUGUCAGAAGCUGAUUGGGAGAGAAUGGAAAGAAGAUCUCCUGCAGGAAGCUUGCCGUUUGCUGGCUGAGGAGAUGAAUCUUUCCCCUUCGGCCCCUGGUGGCAUGGUGGAUUUCCGUCGUACUCUCGUGCUCAGCUUUUUCUUUAAGUUCUACCUCACGGUGCUUCAAAAACAUAUAAAAUUAAAUGGCAACAAUAAUUUGAGUGAUUUGGUCCCUUGCACGGAUGCUAGUGCCACUGAAUUAUUUAACAAGGAUCCUGUUAGCAAUGUCCAACUUUUCCAAGAAGUGCCUAAUGAGCAAUCCAUUGACGAUAUGGUGGGACGACCCCUGAUGCAUUUGUCAGCUGCCAAGCAGGCAAGCGGAGAGGCAGUCUACUGUGAUGACAUCCCUUCUUACACAAAUGAACUCUACCUAACACUGGUUACCAGCAGCAAAGCCCAUGCUAAAAUUAUUUCCAUUGAUACCACAGAAGCUCAGAAUGUACCUGGCUUUGUGUGUUUUGUCUCUAAUCAGGAUGUUCCAGGAAGUAACACUUCUGGGAUUUGUAAUGAUGAAACCAUCUUUGCAAAAGACAUUGUGACAUGUGUUGGGCAUAUUAUUGGUGCAGUAUUGGCAGAUACACAGGAACAUUCUCGAAGAGCUGCCAAAGCAGUGAAGAUCAUAUAUGAAGAGCUUACACCAAUUAUCACUAUCCAGGAAGCCAUUGAGAAAGAGUCUUUCUUUAAGACUGAUAGGAAGAUCGAAAAAGGAAAUAUCCAGAAAGGAUUUGAAGAGGCUGAUCAUAUUGUGGAAGGGGAGAUGCACAUUGGUGGCCAGGAACAUUUUUAUCUGGAGACUCACUGCACAAUUGCUGUACCAAAAGGAGAAGAUGGAGAAAUGGAACUCUUUGUAUCCACCCAAAACUUAGCAAAAACACAGGAUCUUGUUGCUAACGCUUUAGGGGUUCCUGCUAAUCGAAUUCUGGUUCGUGUGAAGAGAAUGGGAGGAGGAUUUGGAGGGAAAGAAUCCAGAAGCAUUAUCUUGUCUACAGUUGUUGCAGUAGCUGCUGCUAAGACUGGCUGCCCAGUACGAUGCAUGCUUGAUCGAGAUGAAGAUAUGCUGAUUUCUGGUGGAAGACACCCAUUUUGGGCACAGUAUAAGGUUGGCUUUAAGAAAAAUGGAAGGAUAACUAGCCUAGAUGUAUCAUAUUACAGCAAUGGAGGAAAUUCUAUUGAUCUUUCUCAUGGGGUUAUGGACAGAGCUGUGCUUCACAUGGACAAUUCCUACAACAUCCCAAAUAUCAGAGGUAUCGGUGUAGUCUGUAAAACAAAUCUGGCCUCCAACACAGCCUUCCGUGGAUUUGGGGGUCCCCAGGGAAUGUUGGUUGCUGAGUGCUGGAUAAGUGACAUAGCCUUGAAGUGUGGACUGCCAGCAGAAGAGGUACGAAAAAUCAAUCUGUAUAGUGAAGGAGAUCUAACUCAUUUCAAUCAGAAGCUUGAGGGGUUCACUUUGAAAAGAUGUUGGGAGGAAUGCCUUGCAAAAUCGAAGUAUCAUUCCAGAAGAACAAACAUUGAGAAGUUCAACCAGCAGAAUCGCUGGAAGAAGAGGGGCAUAGCCAUUAUUCCUACCAAGUUUGGGAUCAGCUUCACUGUUCCUUUUCUGAAUCAGGCUGGUGCAUUGAUACAUGUUUACACUGAUGGUUCAGUGUUGCUCACACAUGGUGGGACUGAGAUGGGUCAAGGUCUGCACACCAAGAUGAUUCAGGUUGCCAGCAAGACUCUGGGAAUCCCUACCUCUAAGAUCCAUAUAAGUGAGACAAGCACCAACACAGUGCCAAAUGCAUCACCAACAGCUGCUUCUGUCAGUGCUGAUAUCAAUGGGAUGGCCGUUUUUAAUGCUUGUCAGACGAUCUUAGAACGAUUGAAGCCAUUCAGAUGUAAUAACCCAAAAGGAUCAUGGCAAGACUGGGUGUUAGCAGCCUAUCAGGAUUGUGUGAGUUUAUCAGCUACAGGAUUUUUUAGCAUUCCUAAUGUUGGGUAUGACUUCUCAAAGAAUAAAGGAAAUCCUUUCAGUUACUACUCCUAUGGUGUUUCUUGUUCUGAGGUUGAGAUAGAUUGUUUGACUGGUGACCAUAAGAAUCUUCGCACUGAUAUUGUGAUGGAUGUUGGCACCAGCCUGAAUCCAGCUAUAGAUAUAGGGCAGAUUGAAGGAGCCUUUGUCCAAGGAAUUGGGCUGUUUACCAUGGAGGAGCUACGCUAUUCCCCUGAAGGCAACUUGUAUACGCGAGGGCCUGGAAUGUACAAGAUCCCUGCAUUUGGGGACAUUCCAUCAGAGUUCCAUGUUUCUCUUCUCCGGGAUUGUCCAAACAGCAAAGCCAUUUAUUCAUCUAAGGCUGUGGGUGAGCCUCCAUUGUUCUUAGCAGCCUCAGUAUUUUAUGCUAUCAAAGAUGCAAUUCUCUCUGCAAGGGAAGAAUCUGGAUUGAAAGGAACAUUCAGAUUAGAUAGUCCAGCUACUCCAGAAAGAAUACGCAAUGCUUGUGUUGAUUCCUUCACCAAAUUGUGUCCACCUGCUGUACCAGGAACUUUCAAACCAUGGUCUGUGGUCGUGUGAAUGAAGACGUCUCUAGAAAUUAGCUCCACUUAUUAAAAUAGGUUUUUCUCCAGCGACCAAACAAAGCAGUACCUCUAAACUGAAAUCAGAACUGUAUUCCGUGUCUACCUUAUUGAUUGAGAAAGCUUUAUAAUUUAAUUAUGGAAGCAUCAGUUGAUAAAAAAAUGUUGUUGUUGAUAAAUUAUUGCAGAUGUGAUAUAUAACAAAGGGAGAGAGAGAAAAUUACUUUUCUUUUCUUUGUGAAGAGAAAGUUUGCAAUGGUUCCUUUAAGCUUGCAGUGAAGAUCAUGGAAACACUAUGUAUAUGUUUACUUUUCAAGUGCAAUCAUGCUAUCCAGCCUCAAAAAUGCAUCUUUGGCUGAUUUGAUGCAACCAAUUAAUCAUCAUCACCACAUUUAAUUUCUUCUUAAUCUUUUGGAUGGAUCAUUGAAGAUGGUAAGACAGUGAGGAGAGGCCACUGUUUCAUUUUUCUUUGGUGUACUAAGGAUGAGAGGGGUAGUUUAAUGGCUAACAAAGGCACUUUUGACCUCUGUUUUCAGCUUCCUGUUUUUUCAAAUUUGCUAGAGUAAAAUCAGUAUUAUUCCCUUAGUCAGAGUGAGGCAAUCACCCCAAGGAGGAGAUGCGAGGCAUAUAAUGAUCCAAUACCCAAAUCCAUGGGAUUAUUGAACUUGGUGGGGCUUACUUUUCAGUUGACAUAAACAGGAUAUCAGUAACCUAUAUAGAAAGCUGUUUUUCUCACAACUUUUGGAACAUUAUCACCAGUUUAAUUUGGCUAAACUGAGGAUUGUGGGAUUUCACAAAAGCACAAUUUGAGGAGACAUAUUAGGGAAGACCGUCUUCCCAUAUUUUGCCCUAUAGUGUUUGUUCAGUGCAGUGUUUGGUGUUUGUUCAGUGCAGUGUUUAUUUAACCAAACACUCCACUACAUGGAUAUUGAUUUUCUCCCUUUUAUCCAUUCUAUGCUACAAUACUUUUGUCUGUAGGCUAGGGUUAUUAUUAUUGCAUUUUGUACUCAUGGUGAAUAUGUCCAAAAUCCAUAAAUUUUAAAACAAAUAAAAACAAAUAAAAAACAUUGUACAAUAAACAUAUUUUCUAUAGAUAAGUUAAGGAGCUCUAAAAUAUUAGAGAAAUGGGAAGAAUACUGAACAAGUUGAUGAUACUAGUUCCAUUUCAGGAAGAGAAAUGUAUAGGUGAACUGACUGGACUUCCUUCCUGAAGAUGAAUUAGUUCAUAAUAUAUCUGAAGUGUUUAAAAGCCAUCUAGUUUACCAUAUAACUAUUGGGCAUUUCUCCCACAUCAAAUCCCAUUGUACUCUUUGUGCUAUAUAGCUCCUUACAUUCUUUUAGGAUCUUAGAAUCCUAGAAUCAAUGUCAGAUACUACAAACUCACUUCCAAAUAUUCAGAAACCAGGUAAUGGUAUCAUUCAAAGAUCCUGAUUUUGUCUUGGACUCUUGGGAUGCAGUUUCUGGUUUGGAAUGGGACUUUCAGACU